CGAAAUUAUUCAGUUCACUGUUGUGGGUUCAUCCAAAUAGUAACCCUUUGGGACAACAACAAUUUUUGUUGUAUUCUUUAUUUUUUUAAUUAUUUUUUUAAAUUCAUCAAAAGUCCUUGCGAGUGAGAGUGUGUGUGUGCGGUGUUUUUGUUUUCUUUUCCUUUGCAAAAAAAAUUCAAAUAGAACCAAAAUGAAAUCUAUGCUUAUUUUUGGGCUCUUGGCCCUUUGUGUCUUCGCCCGCGCCGAGGAUGCCAAGAAGGCUGUUGAGGCAAAAUCAAUUGAACCAAAACCCGCCGCAACUGAAGCUAAGGCUUCGGUGAGCACAGUCGAGAAGAAACAGGAGAAACGUGGUAUUCUCCAUGGAGUCGGUCAUGGUUAUGCCCCUGUUGGUUAUGGCCAUUCGGGUGGUGGCUUGGUGUUGGGCGGCCAUGGUGGUGGUCUUUAUGGUGGUGGUGGUGCUGCCAUUGCUUAUGGUGGCGGUGCUGCCUAUGGUGGUGGUUUCGGAGGCACCGGCUUGGGUGGUGGUGCCAUUCCCACUAAUGUUCAGGUUAACACUGUUGUACGCAAUGUUGCCGUACCCUAUCAAGUGGAACGACACAUCCCAGUGCCGGUGGAACGUACUGUUACAUAUCCCGUUAAGGUACCCGUUCCCGCACCUUACCCCGUGGAAAAGACUGUCACCUAUCCGGUAAAGGAAAUCGUUAAAGUACCCGUGCAUAUUCCUCAACCCUACCCUGUGGAAAAGACCGUACAUGUCCAAGUGCCGGUACAUGUUGAUCGCCCAGUGCCCGUAAAGGUUCCCGUUCCAGCUCCUUAUCCAGUUGAGAAGAUUGUGCAAGUGCCCGUUAAGGUCCCAGUGCCACAACCCUAUCCAGUUGAGAAAAUUGUCCAGGUUCCUGUGAAAGUACCCGUCCAUGUGCCACAACCCUACCCCGUGGAGAAGAUUGUUCAGGUGCCCUUCAAGGUGCCCGUUGAUCGCCCCUACCCUGUCCAUGUGGAGAAACCAUACCCCGUGCCAGUGGAGAAACCCGUACCAUACCCCGUUGAGAAGAAGGUCCAGGUCAAUGUACAGGUCCCCGUCGAUAAUCCAGUGCCAGUGCCCGUUGAUCGUCCCGUUGCUGUGCCCGUCAAGGUUGGUGUGCCCCAACCUUAUCCAGUCAUCAAGGAAGUUCCUUAUCCCGUUGAACGUCAAGUACCCUAUCCCGUCAAGGUACCCGUUGAACGUCCCGUACCUGUACACAUCGAACAUAAUGUGCCCGUGACCGUGGAAAGACAUGUACCCUACAAGGUACCCGUUCCCGUGCCUGUCCAUUUGGAAAGCCAUGUCGGCGCUGGUAUUGCUGUUGGUCACGGUUAUGGCCAUGGUUAUGGUCAUGGUUAUGGCCAUGGUUAUGGUGGUCAUGGUUAUGGCGGUCAUGGUCAUGGCGGUUAUCUCCACAAAAAAUAGACAAUUUCUACUCGUGAGGCCUAGAAAAGUAACACCAGCAGCAACAACAACAAAGAUUUCUCUUUUUUUAAAAAAUCCAAAACCAUGCGGACCAUUUUUUUUAGAAUCUAAAAUGGUCUGCGUGUGUGUGAGUGUUUAUUUUUUUAUUAAAACAAAUUUUCUUUAUUUUUAACUUUAAAUCUAAUUUUGUAUAUUUUUUUUGUUUGUUUAGUUUUAGAGUGUGAUAACGAGAAUGAAAACAGAAAAAAAAUUGAAAAAAAAAUUUUUAGAAAAAAAUUACGAAAAAAAAUUAUUAUUUAAAAAUUAAAACGAUUUCGAAUUGAAACGUGGAACUGUUUCAAACAAAAGAUCUGUUGUGUCUCGCAAUAAAAAAUAUGGGAAUAAUUUUUAUUUGAUCUUUGGCACAAUUACGCUUUAACAAA